AUGGGCAUAUUAUGUCGAGUACAAUCCAUCGACCCUUACGACCAUUGCUUCUUGGACCAGCCGGAUUCUGCCGUGGUGUGCGUCUUCCAUCAUGGCCCUCGUUGCGUUCUAUGCAGCCAGGAAUAUUGUCUUGAAGAGCCACCGAGGUGAUGGCUCAGACUUACCUAAUCCAAAACAGCUCACGAUCCUGAUCGACGUCUUGAAGGGAUCUGGCUGGGGUCCCGUGAAAGACACAGUCUUGCAUCGGUAUCGAACGAGAGAGCCACUGGUAGCACCCUUGCCGGCAUCGACCAUGGUCCUCUUCGCCAUCACUCUACUUGGGAUCAUCAUUCCCAUCCUUGACAGCUGGUUCGGCGUAGCAACGACGGCUCCCGUCGUGACGCAGCUCUACCCUCGAUCCUCUGAACACUCGUUCGGGAGGGCGCUGUCCAGCGCGUAUUGUCCAAGCGGCCCGAAAGCGGGCAACUCGUGCUUACGCUCACCUUAUAACGAAAUAUUCUGGCCUUGUAGCGUUUUGAACUAUUGGUGCUAUCCUGUGGCUACCCUCUAUGGCCUUGGCGAAGCAUCCAAGACCGCUCAGGGCGUCUCGACGCUCAACAAAGUCUGGAAUUAUACCGAUAGCUCAGGGACCACUUACUAUUACUUGGGUAGCCCGAGUCAGAGUGCAGUCAUUGACUAUAAGGCCCACACCAUUGCCACCAGGACGCAGUGUGCCCCCAUCACGAAAGAAUGCUACGAUACUGACUACGAGGACACCGGGUAUGGCUCCGAGUUCUUCAACUGCACCUCUGACUUUCGUGGCUCGAUAUACAGUAGCAUCCUGCAAGACACCUCGAUGGAUGUGUUUCCAAACGUCGGCAUCGCGUUCUCACAAAACCCUCAGCUGAGCGUCGCAGGGGACUUGGUUUACGGACCCAAUGCUGAUCUCCAAGCAGAGAGGAGCAACUACUCAUUCCCCGAGAUAUAUUCGACAAAUCCUCUAUAUUUUGGUGCUUGGGCGGCAGGUUACCCCGUUGCCGAUCCUUCGACUGUGCAGAAUAACCCUUUUGGCAGCGACGACACAGGCGUGUACUGGGUCGAGACGAUUGGCGAUCCUGGUGGCGCCAUCUGGCAACUCAACUGCUCCACCACGGUCUACGAGGUUAGCUACACGUGGAUCGACGGCGCCGUGCACACGUUCAACGUCUCUGAAGCCGCUGCCGACAUGGCGGCCCUCCUAGGCGCACCGUUCGGGUACGCCGCGAAUCUGAGCAGCGUGGGGUUUGCAUUGGCCUCUGCGGCCGAGAUCGCCUCCACGGUCAACACUUCCGUCGGUCUCGCGGCCGCAUUUGCGCAUCAGAUGGACAAAAAUCUCUUGGCGUAUAGCGUCGGCGUGCUGGACCCGGCCCUGAACUUGCUUGAGCAAGGUCGCAACUCGACGUUACGCGUGGCUCGCGUGCCAAUCGUGCCGCUGUAUCUUCUCUUAGCCACCAAAGCCAUAUUCGUGAUUGUGGUGCUAGUCCUCGCGAUCGGGGUCUAUUGUUUUAGUCAUCCGAGCGAGACAGAAGCAGUGCGCGCUGCCCUCAGUGCAAAGGGCCUGGCCGAAGCCCACUUCCAGUCCCCGGGAGUCAUGCAGGCCAACGUCGUGAAGGAGGUCCAGAGCCGUCUCGCGACCGUCAGGGAUGACGGUCCGGCGCCUCAUGACUCCGUGGUUAAGGAGAGCGACGACCUUACCUCCCAGCCCAGGCUCCGGCACGCCGCUACAGCACCUGUCCAGGGUACGGCACCGGUGCAGGAAGCUAAAGUGGGCCUGCUACCAACCCUGGACGGCAAGUGGCAAUUUGUCAUGGUCGCGAAUGGCGUGUGGAAUAGUAUCAAGCCUAUCGUCCAAAAUAUUGUGGUCUCGGAUGCCAGCGCUGGCGGACUGGGGGAUGUGGGACAGGUCAUUAAUGCGUGGAAGUGAGCUGAUACCCUCUAUAUGUGCACUGUAGAUGAAUAAACACGAACUUGAAUGAAUAAAGAUGCACCAUUCUCUUUCCGUCUUUUAUCAUAAGGGACUUCCCUACUGUCCUCCA